AGAAAGAAAAAGGAACUUUUCUAGAUAAUAAAACAGAGAAAAAGAAAAAGAAAAAGAAAGGAGAAUUAUUGGUCUCCAAAUUGAAAAGAAAGACGCCGAUGGAAAGUGGCGCCUUUUUGCAAUCUUGACGAAGGAUAAUCACUAGGAGGGCAGGGUGCUGUUUGAUGGAUAUGGAGAGACCAUGUUGUAGGUUUUUCGUGGUUUUUGUUAUUAUUGUUGCUCCUUUGGCUCAUCAAUCAAAAGGGGUUAACACUGAGAGCCAAUUCCUUCUGAAUAUCAAGAGGGAACUUGUUGACAAAUUCAACCACUUAGGGAAUUGGAACCCUGAUGAUGCCACACCUUGUGAAUGGAAUGGGGUAUAUUGCACCUCUGAGUUUAGUUUUAAUCCCGUGGUUAUCUCUCUUAAUUUGAGUUCAAUGAACCUUUCUGGUUCUCUGUCUCGAAGCAUUGGUGGGUUGGUUCAUCUAACUUCCCUUGAUCUUUCUUUCAAUGGGUUAACCCGAAAAAUUCCUAAAGAGAUUGGCAACUGUUCUAGUUUGAUGGUUCUUAAUCUCAAUAACAAUGCAUUUGAAGCUCAAAUUCCCAAAGAGAUUAGAAGAAUUUCUUCUUUGGCAAUUCUGAAUAUAUACAACAACAGAAUAUCUGGGCCUUUUCCGGAGGAAAUUGGAGAUCUUUAUUCUUUGGUGCAAUUGCAUGCCUAUAGCAACAAUAUUAGUGGUUCAGUGCCUCAUUCUUUUGGAAAACUGAAAAAUUUGAAAAGUUUCCGGGCAGGACAGAAUUUGUUAUCAGGAAGCUUACCUUCGGAGAUUGGUGAAUGUGGGAGCUUGGAGUAUCUUGGUCUUGCACAAAAUCAGUUAACUGGGGAGAUACCAACAGAGAUUGGAAUGCUUCAAAACUUGACAGAUUUGAUCCUUUGGGGUAAUCAACUUUCUGGAUCUGUCCCAAAGGAGCUUGGCAAUUGCACAAAUUUGUCAACUCUUGCUCUCUAUGACAACAAACUUGUUGGACUUAUACCAAAGGAGCUUGGGAAUCUCAUGUCUCUGUGGAGGUUAUACAUUUACCGAAAUGGAUUGAAUGGAACAAUUCCAAGGGAGCUUGGAAACCUUUCUUUUGUGGAAGAAAUUGAUUUUUCAGAGAACAUGUUGACCGGGGAGAUACCAGUUGAGUUAAGUAAGAUAACUAGGUUGUUGUUGCUUCAUCUUUUUGAGAACCAGCUUACAGGACUUAUUCCAGUAGAGCUUACCACCCUAAAGAAUUUGAAAAAACUCGAUCUCUCCAUAAAUCAUCUCCAAGGUCCUGUUCCUAUGGGAUUCCAGUAUUUGUCAAAACUGACCAUGUUGCAGCUCUUUGACAACCAAUUGACAGGUAGCAUUCCUCAAGGACUAGGGGUGUAUAGUGCACUGUGGGUUGUUGAUUUGUCAGACAAUCUGCUAACAGGAAGGAUUCCGCGUCAUCUCUGCAGAAAUGCAAACCUGACCUUCUUGAAUUUGGGGUCCAACAAGCUCACUGGAAAUAUCCCACCUGAUCUCACAAACUGCAAGCCCUUGGUGCAACUUCUUCUUGGUGGAAACAGUCUCACAGGAAGCUUCCCAUCUGAAAUGUGCAAGUUGGUUAACCUUUCUGCAGUGGAGUUGGACCAGAAUAAAUUCAGUGGACCAAUUCCUUCAGCCAUUGGGAAAUGCAGUACUUUGAAAAGGUUGCAUCUUUCAGACAAUUACUUUUCAUUGGAGUUGCCAAGGGAGAUUGGUAACCUUUCCCAGCUGGUGAACUUCAACAUCUCAUCAAACUUGCUUAUUGGAAGGAUACCACCCGAAGUUUUUAACUGCAAAUUGCUUCAGAGACUUGAUCUUAGUCGGAACAACUUUACAGGUACCUUACCAAGUGAGGUGGGAAUACUUUCUCAAUUGGAGCUUUUGAAGCUGUCAGACAAUAAACUGUCUGGGAUUAUACCUGUGGAACUGGGAAAUCUCUUGCGCUUGACUGAAUUACAAAUGGGUGGCAACUCAUUCUCUGGAAAAAUACCAGCUGAGUUAGGUUUGCUCUCCAGCUUGCAGAUCGCAUUGAAUCUCAGCUAUAACAAUCUAUCUGGGUUGAUUCCUCCACAGCUAGGGAAUCUUGAUUUACUGGUGUAUCUUUUGCUCAACAACAACCAUUUGACUGGUAAAAUCCCUGACUCUUUUGGCAAACUGACAAGCUUACUUGGAUGCAACUUUUCAUUGAAUGACUUAGUAGGGCCUAUACCAUCUCAAGCACUCUUCCAGAACAUGGCUAUGAGCAGCUUUCUAGGAAAUAAAGGGCUCUGUGGGGGACCUCUUGGUGACUGUAAUCAAUCUCCAUCAUCAUUCUCUCCUCCAUCAAAUAUAAACGAGAGAGGUACUCAUUUAGGUAAAGUUCUUGCUAUAGCUGCAGCAGCUAUUGGUGGCAUGUCUCUCAUUUUAAUUGUAGUUCUAUUAUAUUUCAUGAGACGUCCACUUGAGAUAGUUGCUCCUUUGAGAGAGAAACCAUCUGCUUCUCUCGUUUCAGACAUUUACUUUUCCCCAAAGGAAGGUUUCACCUUCCAGGACUUGGUUGCGGCCACUGACAAUUUUGAUGAUAGAUUUGUUAUUGGCCGAGGCGCUUGUGGAACUGUAUACAAAGCAAUCUUGCCAACUGGUCAUAUUGUUGCUGUUAAGAAGCUUGCUUCUAACACAGAGGGCAGUAACAGCAUGGAUAACAGCUUCCGUGCUGAAAUUCUAACCUUGGGAAAUAUCAGGCACCGUAAUAUUGUAAAGCUGUACGGUUUUUGUUACCACCAAGGUUCAAAUCUUCUUCUGUAUGAGUACAUGUCCCAGGGUAGUCUGGGUGAAUUGCUUCAUGGAGCAUCCUGCAGUCUUGAUUGGCGAACACGAUUCUUCAUUGCUCUUGGAGCUGCUCAAGGUCUUGCUUAUCUGCAUCACGAUUGCAAGCCCAAGAUUUUCCAUCGUGAUAUAAAGUCCAAUAACAUCCUGCUUGACGAGCAAUUUGAAGCUCACGUCGGGGAUUUUGGACUAGCUAAGGUCAUUGACAUGCCACAAUCCAAGUCAAUGUCUGCCAUUGCUGGUUCUUAUGGUUAUAUAGCUCCAGAGUAUGCAUACACCAUGAAAGUCACCGAAAAAUGUGACACCUACAGCUACGGAGUUGUCUUGUUGGAGUUGCUGACGGGCAAAACACCAGUUCAACCUCUAGAACAAGGUGGUGAUCUUGUCACCUGGGUGAGAAACUAUGUCAGAAAGCAUUCCUUAUCAUCUGAAAUACUUGAUGCACGAUUAAUUCUACAAGAAGAGAAAACUGUUUCUCAUAUGAUUACAAUCUUAAAAAUUGCUUUGCUGUGUACAACAAUGUCUCCAUUAGAUCGACCAACAAUGCGGGAAGUUGUUUUGAUGCUCAUGGAGUCAAAUAGGCGGGAGGGCCAUUUUGAUUCACUCUCCAGUAAUGAUACUGAUUGAAAUAAUGAAAUGCUAUUGUAGAAAUAAUAAUUUUGGUUAACCAACCUAAUUUUUCAUGGUAUGGAUAGUUUACACAGGAUAGUAGACUGUCUUGUAUAUUCCUCCGAAAGUGUCAUUGCUCUUCUAUUAUGCCAUAUAUAUAAUACAUGCUCAACUUCUUC